CGCCUACGACGCCUACGACGCCCACGAUAUUCACGUCAUCCACGACAUCUGAUGUUGAACAACCAUCACCAAAAAAAUUUCCUGUUGAUCUAUUUGCUUUACAAGCUGAUAUGGAAAAAGAACCUGAUGGUGUUACAAGAUCACGUCAGAUGAGAAAGUUUAUUAUCAGUGAGAUUUAUUCUACCGAACAAAGUUAUUUAAGUCACAUGAAGACUCUCAAAAAGACCUUUAUGGAUCCUUGUAUUAACGCAUCAACCUCACCUCCACUUGUAAAUAAAGAUGAUAUAAGAAUCAUUUUUGCUCAUUUGGAUGAUUUGAUAAAACUUUCUGAUAAGUUUGUGGAAACUAUUGAAACUUCAAUGGAUCCUUAUGAAGUUUAUGAUUCUAAAUUGGGCCAAGUGUUUCUUGAUUUUGCGGAAGGAUUUGAAGUUUACAAAAAAUAUGCUGAAAACAUUCAAAGAAGUCGUCAAUUACUUACCAAAAAAGUUAACCAAAGUGUAUUUUAUCGUAGAUUGCGCAACGAAAAAAGGAAAAUAUUAGACUUGGCCUUAGUGAUUAUUUGAUAAUGCCUAUACAACGUGUUGCCAGAUAUUCUCUGUUACUUAAAGAUUUGAAAAAAUACACGAUAGAAACGCAUUUUGAUUAUAAUGAUUUGUGUAAAGCUUUGGAUUACAUGGUGUCUCUAGCUAAAGAAUGUAACAACAACAUUCAAGAUAUAUAAAUCAAUAUUACCAUUUUUGAGGUAAAAGUUAUAUUAUUAACAAUUUUGUUAAAAAAAAAAGAGAGAAUCGCGAAAUUGUCGAUCUCUCUACAAAAUUCCAUUUUUCUUUUAAAAAUUUUAUUUUUUUUUU